AUGCUGCUACUGAAGGUGGUCCUUAUUACUGCUUUAGCCAAAGCUAAAGCAGAUGAAGUUGUGUGUAGGUUAAGAGGGACAAGAGAGCUACCUGUCUUUUCAAAAGAUGGAGAUUUUAUAAUUGGAGGAGUCUUCUCAUUUCACAGGAAUUUUCGUGCAGUGUCACCAACAUUCCAAACUGUGCCAGAAAGACUGAAAUGUGAAAACAUAAAUUACAGAGAAUUUCAGCUUGCUCAGACAAUGAUGUUUGCCAUAGAAGAAAUAAAUAAAAAUCCUGACAUGCUAUUUGGUGUUUCCCUGGGUUAUAAGAUCUAUGAUGCUUGUGGCUCAGUAGCCCAGUCUAUCAAGUCAGCAAUGGCAUUAAUAAAUUCACAAGAGGAGCAGUAUUUUGAGAAGCUCUGCUCAAAUCCAUCCAAUAUUCUAGCGGUAAUUGGGCUGUCUGAAUCAUCUCUCACUAUUGGCAUCACAACAACAAUUGGAACUUUUCAGAUACCUGUGAUCAGUCAUUCUGCUAGCUGUGCGUGUCUCAGUAACAGGCGUGAGUUUCCAACAUUUUUCAGAACAAUCCAAAGUGAUUACUAUCAAAGUAAAGCUCUAGCAGAGCUGGUGAAACAUUUUGGAUGGACAUGGAUUGGUACAAUAAGAAGUGAUAAUGAUUAUGGCAAUUCUGGCAUGGCCACAUUUGUUGACAUUGCUAAAAGGGAAGGAAUCUGCAUUGAGUACUCUGAAGCCAUUUACAGAACAUAUCCAAGAGAAAAGUUCCUUAACAUAACUAACAUUAUAAAAGAAUCAUCUGCAAAAGUUAUUGUGGUUUUUGCAUCAUUCAUAGAUUUUGAGUAUUUAAUUAAGGAAAUAUUUCUUCAGAAUAUCACUGGCUUACAAUGGGUCGGCAGUGAAUCUUGGAUUACAGCCAGAAAUUUUGCAAGUGAUGGAGGGAAUCAAGUUUUAAAAGGGGCCAUUGGAUUUGCUAGCAUGAAUACAGUAAUACCUGGGCUUGAUGACUUCUUAAUGGGUAUCCAUCCAUCUGAUGCCCCGGAUAAUGCAUUCUUAAAGGAAUUUUGGGGAAGUGUUUUUGGUUGUACAUUUGAAGUGGCAGGCAAGCCUACAAAUAUGGUGCAGUGUACAGAAAAAGAAAAUUUGAAAGAUGUAAGUAAUCAAUACACUGAUGUUACUGAAAUGAGAAUUCCCAACAACAUUUACAAAGCAGUAUAUGCAGUGGGCUAUGCAAUUGAUAAUCGUAUACUAUGUAAGGAAAAUCAACAGUUCCAGCAAAUGUGCAAAAAUAAAAUGAUUAUUCAGCCUUGGCAGGUACUUCAGUCUUUAAAAACAGUGAAUUUUACAGUUAAAACAGGAGAGAAUGUUUAUUUUGAUGAAAAGGGAGAUACCGUUGCACGAUAUGAAUUAGUAAACUGGCAACUUGAUAGAAAUGGCAAAAUCCGCAUUGUUACUGUCGGUUAUUAUGAUACAUCUUUACCAAUAAAUAAGCAAUUUAUGCUAAAUUACAGCAAUAUUAUGUGGGUGGACAAUCAGGCUCAGGUUCCAAGAUCUGUGUGUAGUAAAAGCUGUCCAUCAGGCACUCGUAAAGCAGUACAGAGAGGAAAACCAGCAUGUUGUUUUGACUGCAUAAAAUGUGCUGAAGGAGAAAUAAGCAAACAGACAAAUUCCAUCAACUGCAUCAAGUGUCCACUGGAAUAUUGGACAAAUGAAGAAAGAGACCAGUGCAUCAGGAAGGAGGUUGAAUUCCUGUCCUUUGAAGAAGUAAUGGGGAUGUUACUUGUUUUACUCUCUUUGAUUGGAGCAUUUCUCUCCAUAAUUGUAGCCAUUGCCUUCUUUCGUAACCGUGACACACCAGUUGUGAAAGCCAACAACUCUGAAAUAAGCUUCCUUCUUCUUUUCUCAUUGACCUUGUGUUUUCUUUGUUCCCUGGUGUUCAUAGGUCCACCCUCACAGUGGUCUUGCAUGCUACGCCACACGGCUUUUGGAAUUACAUUUGCCUUGUGCAUUUCUUGUGUUUUGGGAAAAACCCUAGUAGUUUUAAUGGCCUUCAGGGCGACCCUGCCUCAUAACAGCAUCAUGAAGUGGUUUGGACCAAUCCAGCAGAGGCUUAGUGUUUUUACUUUAACUUUUGUACAGCUUUUAAUAUGUACAUUAUGGCUUCUAAUUUCACCUCCAUUCCCAUACAAAAAUUCAAGAACCUUCAAAGAAAAAAUUGUUUUUGAAUGUGACAUGGGGUCUACAGUGACAUUUUUUGCUGUUUUGGGGUACAUUGGGUUUCUAUCUGCUGUGUGUUUUCUUCUGGCAUUUUUAGCACGGAAGCUGCCAGACCAUUUUAAUGAAGCAAAGUUCAUUACGUUUAGCAUGCUGAUAUUUUGUGCUGUCUGGAUAACAUUUAUCCCAGCUUACCUCAAUUCACUAGGAAAGUAUACAGUGGCUGUUGAAAUAUUUGCCAUUUUAGCAUCUAGCUUUGGAUUGCUGUUUUGUAUUUUUGUACCUAAAAUGUAUAUACUUUGGAUAAAACCGGAGAAAAAUACAAAAAAGCAUAUAAUGGGGAAAAUAUAG